GUAUAUGUGGCUUGUCAGUCGAUGCUUACUGUGCUUGUGGGAGCUGUGCCCAAGUAUCAUGUAGACCAAGAAGGAAUUCCAGUGAGCAGAGCUGAGCUUGCCAAGCAUAUCCAUUUUGCGAACAACUUCACGUCUAUAGUAACUGAGUGGUACCUAAUUGAACAGGAAGCCUACAAAGUAAGCCUUGCAUCUUCCUUAUUUUUUGCUGGAUUACUUAUUGGAAAUAUCACAUUUGGCCCUUUGUCAGACAAACUGGGCAGGAAACCAGUGUAUAUUUCAGGUCUAUUUUUUGAUGUAAUUUUUGGGUAUGUCACAGCAUUAGCUCCAAAUUACGACGUAUUUGCAGUUUCGCGGUUUUUUGUUGGAAUUAUGAAUGGUGGAAUGGCUCUUGUAUCUUUUGUCCUAACACAAGAAUAUGUAGGAAAAUCAUUUUGGUCAUUUACAUGUUCGUUAACUAAUUUGACAUUUGCAGUUGGCAUUGCUGUUUAUGCUUUACUCGGUUACUGUGUAAGAGAAUGGCGCUACCUUGCCUUGGUAUCGAAUACUCCAGGAGUUACCUUCCUCCUUCUUUCUUUUACGCUCUCAGAAUCACCACGAUGGCUGUAUUCCCAAGGGAAAACGGCAGAAGCUGAAGAUGUGUUGCAAUAUAUUGCCCUUGGUAAUGGAAAAGAAAGAUUAAAUCUAAAAUUAAAACCAAGUGCAGGAACUUUGAGAAAGGAUGAAUCGGCACCUGGUAUCCUAAACUUAGUAAAACACCCAGUCCUUCGGUGGUGGACUAUCAUCCUGAUGUAUGUUUGGUAUGUCUGCAGUUUUGUGUACUAUGGACUAACUUUAAAUGCUGGUGAAUUAAGAGGAAAUCUGUAUUUAAAUGUGGCUCUUUCUGGUCUUGUAGAAGUUCCAGCAUUUCCUCUCUGCAUGUUUUUUAUUGAGAAGUCCUGGUCUGGAAGACGUAAAACUGUGACAUGUUUUCUGGUAUUUGCAGGAUUUGCCUGUGUAUUUACCGUGUUUUUACCAACAAAUGCUGGUCUGCUCCUCAGUCCCACUUUGUUAGCUUUGUGUGGAAAAAUGAUGGUCAGCGCUGCUUUCAACAUCGUGUAUAUUUAUACAUCUGAACUAUACCCAACUGUACUGAGGUAA